GCGAGGGGAAGUAGAGGUGGCGCCCAGCCCCACGGUCUCCCAGGGAGAACCGGUGUCUGGUCGCUGGCCUCAGCGGAACUCUACAAGCCACGCUGGCUGCUCAUGGAGCCGAGGACUCGCGCGGAGACGGGAUGCUCCCGGCCGCCGAGAUCGGCAAGGCGCCGGCAGCCCCGUGCUGCCCUGAAAGUGGUAACGAAAGGAAGGACGUCGAGGAGAAAAAUGACAUAAAUAUUGCAGCUCUUUUUGGAAAUGAACAAGUCAGUGAAGAUACAGAUAAUGGUGAUCUCACUUCCUACGUGUCUGCAUUUAUAGAAAAAGAAGUUGGAAAUGACCUUAAAUCUUUAAAGAAACUUGAUAAACUCAUAGAACAGAUGACAGAAAAUAAAAUGCAGUUAGAAGAACAGGUACUUACAAUUUCAUCAGAAAUCCCUAAAAGAAUUCAGAGUGCCUUAAAAAAUGCAGAAGAAUCAAAGCAAUUUCUUAAUCAGUUUCUGGAGCAAGAAACUCAUCUCUUCAGUUCCAUUAACAGCCAUUUGCUGACCGCACAGCCCUGGAUGGAAGAUCUGGGGGCCAUGAUUAACCAAAUUGAAGAGAUUGAGCGCCAUCUUGCUUACCUUAAAUGGAUUUCACAAAUUGAAGAACUAAGUGAUAACAUUCAGCAAUAUCUGAUGACCAAUAACGUCCCAGAGGCAGCCUCUACUCUGGUGUCUAUGGUGGAACUUGACAUCAAGCUUCAGGAAUCAUCUUGUGCUCAUCUUCUUGCUUUCACGAGAGCCACUGUUAAAUUCUGGCAUAAGAUCCUCAAGGACAAACUUACAAGUGAUUUUGAGGAAGUUUUAGCCCAGCUUCACUGGCCAUUCAUCACACCCCCCCAGUCUCAGACUGUUGGCUUGAGUCGCCCAGCAGGUGCCCCUGAGAUAUACAGUAACCUGGAGACACUGUUUUGCCAGCUUCUGAAACUGCAAACCUCAGAUGAAUUACUUACUGAGCCAAAACAACUUCCAGAAAAAUACUGUCUUCCUGCAUCCCCGUCUGUCAUCCUGCCCAUUCAGAUUAUGCUGACUCCCCUUCAGAAAAGGUUCAGGUAUCACUUCCGAGGGAACCGACAGACUAAUGUUAUAAGCAAGCCUGAAUGGUACUUGGCUCAGGUACUUAUGUGGAUUGGGAAUCACACUCAGUUUCUGGAUGAGAAGAUUCAGCCAAUAUUAGACAAAGUAGGCCCUUCGGUAAAUGCAAGGCUUGAAUUUUCCCGGGGCCUCAUGAUGCUCGUUCUUGAGAAGUUAGCUGCAGACAUCCCAUGUCUGCUCUAUGAUGACAAUCUCUUCUGUCAUCUGGUGGAUGAGGUGCUUUUGUUCGAAAGGGAGCUGCACAGUCUUUAUGGCUAUCCCAGCACUUUUGCCAACUGUAUGCAUAUUCUGUCAGAGGACACCUGUUUUCAGAGGUGGUUGACUGUGGAGAGAAAAUUUGCUCUUCAAAAAAUGGACUCAAUGCUUUCAUCAGAAGCUGCUUGGAUAUCCCAAUAUAAGGAUAUCACUGAUGUGGACGAGAUGAAAGUUCCAGACUGUGCAGAAACUUUUAUGACGCUACUCUUGGUUAUAACUGACAGAUAUAAAAAUCUUCCCACAGCUUCCAGAAAACUACAGUUCCUGGAGUUACAGAAGGACUUAGUAGAUGAUUUCAGGAUACGGUUAACUCAGGUGAUGAAAGAAGAGACUAGAGCUUCCCUUGGCUUUCGAUACUGCGCAAUUCUCAAUGCUGUGAACUAUAUCUCAACAGUACUGGCAGACUGGGCUGACAAUGUUUUCUUCCUGCAACUUCAGCAGGCAGCACUGGAGGUCUUUGCAGAGAAUAACACCCUCAGUAAAUUGCAGCUGGGACAGCUGGCCUCUAUGGAGAGUUCUGUCUUUGAUGAUAUGAUUAACCUACUGGAGCGUUUAAAGCAUGACAUGUUGACCCGCCAAGUAGACCAUGUUUUUAGAGAAGUUAAAGAUGCUGCAAAAUUGUAUAAAAAAGAAAGGUGGCUGUCGCUGCCGUCGCAGUCGGAGCAGGCGGUGAUGUCCCUGUCCAGCUCGGCCUGCCCGCUGCUGCUCACCGUGAGAGACCGCUUACUCCAGCUGGAGGAGCAGCUUUGCUUCUCCUUGUUCACAGUCUUCUGGCAGGUGCUUGUGGAGAAGCUGGAUGUGUACAUCUACCAAGAAGUAAGCAAGAGCGGGCGGCGUUCCGGGGCCCUGAUGGCAAAGGCACGUGUGACGCAAACUGCUCUGUUUCAGAUCGUUCUUGCCAAUCAUUUCAACGAGGGAGGGGCAGCUCAGCUCCAGUUUGAUAUGACUCGGAACCUGUUCCCCCUGUUCUCCCGCUAUUGCAAGAGGCCAGAAAAUUACUUCAAACAUGUCAAAGAAGCGUGUAUUGUUUUGAAUCUGAACAUUGGCUCUGCCCUCCUUCUGAAAGACGUCCUGCAGUCAGCCUCAGGGCAGCCUCCUGCCACCGAGGCCUUAAAUGAAGUUGGAAUUUACAAACUGGCUCAACAAGAUGUUGAGAUUCUACUUAAUUUGAGGACAAACUGGCCUAACACGGGAAAAUAAAGCAUCUUU